CGCCAUCCUCCCAACCCGCCUCGUCACCACUGUGCUGCUCCGCUGUCAAUCCGCCCGAUUAUCUACGUCAACACAGCCCUUGCGAAUCGCCCUGCUUCUCGGCAGCACACGCACCGAGGGUCCUCCCAAGCCGGCCAACGUCGGUGCCCGUGUCGGUGCGUUUGCGGCGGCUGCACUGACCGGCCUCGGCCACACCGUCGACACGGUGGACCCGAUCGUGGAGGAGCUUCCGCUUUUGGUGAAGCCGCAGUUCGCGUACGCGGCGGGCAAGGCGCCCCCCUCGCUCGACGCGCUGUACGACCGCCUCCUCGCCGCCGACGCCUAUGUCAUGGUGACGCCCGAGUACAACCACGCGCCCUCACCCGCCCUCGUCAACAUCCUCAACCACUUCGGGUCGUCCGUCUUCUCCUUCAAGCCCUCCGCCAUCGUCUCGUACUCGCAGGGCCAGUGGGGAGGCUGCCGCGCCGCAGUCGGGCUGCGCCCCAUCCUGAGCGAGCUCGGCUGCCUUCCAGUCUCCGCGAUGGUGCACGUGCCGCGGGCGCACCAGGUGCUCGACGAGACGGGGACCCCGACGGGCGGGGCAAAGGAGGCGGAGCGGUGGCACGGGUACGCGCACCGCACGUGGUCGCAGCUUCAGUGGUGGGGGACUGCCGCAAAGCUGCACAAGCAGAGUAACGACCCCUUCGCUGCGUCGCCCGCCUUCCUGUCCGAUCCGGCGCAGAGGAACGCCGCCGCGUGACCGGCGGGGGAGGAAUGGGCCCGGUGGGGUGGGGCAGG